UGUAGUCUUUCUAGUUGCGUAUUUUUCAUAGUCUUAUAUUUCAAUAGUUUUAUGACAAACUGAGAGUUUUUUGACAUGGAAAUGAUUUGUUUAAGAUUGAAAAACAUCAUAUGUGUAAUUCGUGGCAUAAUUCAAACGGGAUCGAAAGAUAAGUUUUGUCUCUCCAUUGACUUCAAUACAUACUUUUUCCGAAAUAAGGUCCCAUGAGGUCCCCGGAAGGGGAGGGACUUUGCCUGUUUGAAAAUGCGCUAUGAUUUGCUUGUAGGAAUAGAGACGAAGGGAUAGGUUUAGCUGGGGAGUGAACGCCCCCGAUCGCUGAUUGGGAGGGGUCAGAGUUGCGUCAUCUCUGUUCCGGUCGCGGAGCCUCUCAAUAGUUCCCGGAAGUUAGCAGCAAAUACUAGCAGCGCAGUAGAGUUGCAGCAUAAUAGACCGUUUGUGAUGAACUUUUACAGUUUGUCUGUGUGUGGAAGAGAGAGGAGACAGAAACAUGGCUAAAACCACUGUUGCCGCUGAGCUAGAGAUACUUUUGGCUAGCAGUAGUGAAGAUGAUGGCGAAUCAGAACCUGAAGGCUUUGACUCUUCGGAAGAAGAAGAAUACUGGGACAACAAGGAUCCAUUUGAAGAUGGGGAGGAUUCACAGCAGCCAGAACCUCAAUCGGUGCCUGCCACCAUGUCAAGAUUGACCGUAGAUCAAGGACCAGCAAAGAGGACUCGUAGAGAACACGUACUUCCCACACAGCCAAUAGCAGCCCAUGUACCAUCAUCCCCACCUACACAGCAGCCAUCGCCACUGUCUUGGAAGACAGACAAAGACCCCGACACUGCACCCCCUGUCCCCAGUUUCAAACCUGCUCGCACACCCGGGCCACAGCUCAGCUCCAGAUGGAAAUACAAACCCUUUGACCUGUUCAAACUUUUUUUCAGUGCACAAACAGUACAGACAAUUUGUAUCAACACAAACAAACAAGCUGCAAAGCAGAUGGGAAAUGGGAAAAAAUACAAAUGGAUUGAUUUGACUGUAGAUGAUUUUUAUAAAUACAUGGGGCUGCUUCUAUACAUGGCCCUGCUGAAACUGGACACAGUAUUGGAUUACUGGAGGCAGGAUCAUUUUUUGUCAGUGCCUCUGCCAGCACAGGUCAUGUCACGUGACAGAUACAGGACAAUAUCCUGGAACCUGCAUCUCAGCGACCCUGGUGAGGAUGUCCAGAACGACAGCAAAAAGGGCACACCUGAUCAUGACAGACUGUUCCGAUUGAAACCCCUCAUGGACAGCAUCAAGACUGCGUGUAUGUCCUAUUACCAUCCCCAUAAAUACCUGGCUGUGGAUGAGAGGAAGCUUGACUCCAAGGCCAAGACUGUAAUUACCCUGUACAUGAAGGCCAAACCUACUAAGUGGGGAUUCAAGCUGUUCGCCUUAACCGACUCGAAGAAUGGCUACACAGUAGACUUUUCCGUUUACACCGGCAAAAGCGACAUCUGCUCCGGACAUGGCCUGUCGUAUGAUGUGGUAAUGUCGCUGGUGCAUGCAGGUUACCUUGGGACAGGUUACCAUAUUUACAUGGACAAUUUUUACACCAGCCCGAAGCUGUUCACGGCUCUCCAUGCCCUAAAGUUCGGUGCCUGUGGGACCUACAGAGAGAACUGCAAAGACUGCCCAAGGACACAGACUAACGCUCUAACAGCAAAAUCCAAAAGAGGCUCCCUAAGAUGGAUCAGGGAGGGCCCCCUGGUAUUUGUCAAAUGGAUGGACAACAGGGAAGUAUCCGUCUGCUCCACCAUCCAUGAAGCAUACUCUGGCAACACUGUGCAGAGAAAGCAGAAGCAGAGGGAUGGCUCCUGGACCCAAGUAGAGACCCCCUGUCCCACACCUGUUACCGAGUACAACAAACACAUGGGUGGAGUUCAUCUGUCAGAUCAGCUUAUACACCACUACUCUGCAAAGCACAAAACCAUGCGCUGGUACAGGAGCAUAUUUUAUCAUUUCCUGGACAUUGCCACUACAAACAGCUACAUUUUGUACAAGGAAAUCUGUCUGUCACAAAAGAAAAAGCCCAUGACACGCAGAGCAUUCAUGGGGGAGCUGAGUGCUGAGCUCUGUGGCAAGCCUCUCCAUACACCGCCUGCCCGGGGACCUGCAUCUCAUCUUCCUGUGUGCAUUGCUGAUGUCAAGGCAUCAGGCAUCAGCCGAAAGGCCACCACAGGACGCAGGAGAUGCGAACACUGCCACAGCCAAGGCAUGAGAAAAGACACACCUUGGAAGUGCAAGCAGUGUGAUGUGGCCCUUUGUCUCUUACUGGACCGCAACUGCUUUGAGGCAUGGCAUGAGGACUGAAUCGGAAUGAGUGUUUUUAUAAAUAGUUGAGAAUAAAGUUCUGAUGUAUUGCAUCAAUUUUUGCAGUGUUUUUUUACAUCUAGAAUAAAUUGUUGGUUAAAAAAA